AUGGCGCCUCCAAAGUUGAUCUGGGCCAUGUCGUUGCUCGCGACAGUACACGUGGGUGAGGUUUGGGGCAAGAUCAAUGUUGGGCCAAAUUUCAAGUAUCCUAUCGAAGACCUCGACUACGACCUCCCCUUCUCCAACAUAGUUACCUUCGCACAUCUCCCCUGGGAACGAUGUUUCAACCGCAAGCACGACAGUGCUUUUGACAUCGCCGUUGUCGGCUUCCCCUUCGAUACAACUGUCAGCGUCAAGCCGGGAGCAAGAUACGGACCUCGAGGUAUCCGAUCAGGAAGUACAAAAGAGAAGCCUGGUCGGACAUACAACGUCAACUAUGGGCUUGAUUGGCAUCAGAAUUGGGCGAGGAUAAUUGAUUGUGGUGAUGUGCCUGUCACACCGUAUGACAAUGCGCACGCAUACAAACAAAUGGAACAAGGUUACCGCAUGCUGCUACACAAGCCCGUUACUCAGACCGCUUCCAGCCCACCAUCUCUCGACAAAGUCACGCACCCGCGCCUUAUCUCCAUGGGCGGCGACCACUCCAUCAUGCUCCCAAUCCUCCGCUCCCUCAAAUCCGUCUACGGCCCAAUCUCGGUCAUCCAUUUCGACUCCCACCUCGAUUCCCUCAACCCGACAAAGGGCUACAGCGAAGGAUGCAUUGCCAACAGCUCCGUGCACGGCGGCCUGCGCACCAAACUCUUCUCACCCAACGACUACGCCAACGAUGCCGAGGUAGGGUUCUCGCUGAUUCACGCGCGCGACAUCGACGAUAUCGGCAUCCGGGGCAUCAUUGACAAGAUUCGCGCGGCGGUGGGGGAGUCGAUGGCGUAUAUCUCCGUGGACAUCGAUGUUUUGGAUCCGAGUGCGGCACCGGCUACGGGGGCGCCUGAGGCUGGCGGUUGGACGACCAGGGAGUUCAAGCGCAUUCUGGAGGGGAUUAAGGAUUUGAACAUUGUGGGCGCCGACGUGGUGGAGGUGGCGCCGGAUUAUGAUACCAAUGCUGAAAUUACGUCGAUUGCGGCGGCCGAUAUCAUGAUCGACAUCAUCUCGGCCAUGGUGGAGAAGGGACCGUUGGGCGGUGCGAAGCUGGGAGUGAAGGAUGGUGGUGAGAAAGAUGAGUUGUGA